CGGAAAUUGCGAGCUCGUGGAGAAAAAGAUGACCAUGGAGGUAUAGAGGAGAUAGAAGUUCGUGGUAUGAUCGACACAGUGUGCUGAAAUGUUGUUAUAGACAUCUCUUGUUGCUGUGACACACAUUUUGAAUCAUUCCCGAGACAUAGUUUUAAAAGAAUAAUAUUUCAUUAAAAAAAACACACGAGGAGAAAAAUGUUUGGGUCUUUAUUUGAAGAAAACAGCAGUAGCUUUUCAGAGCGUACUGUUUCCCUAGGACCAACAUCUCCACCGAGACCAAGACAACAGUGUAAAUUUGCUGGCAUCGACAACCAAGGAGCAACAUGUUAUUUAAACUCUUUACUUCAAACGCUUCUUUUGACCCCCGAGUUUAGAGAAUCACUCUUCCAGCUUUCAGAGCAUGAUCUUGGGAAAUUAGAGGACAAAGACAAAUGUGGAUCUAGAGUCCGAGUCAUUCCCAUUCAGCUACAGAGAUUGUUUCUAAGACUUCUCCUCAGUAAUCGUCAAAGUGUUUCUACAGCUGAACUGACGCAGAGUUUUGGCUGGACCAACCAUGAGGAGUUUCAUCAGCAUGAUGCGCAGGAAUUGAACAGAAUCCUUUUUUCUGCUAUAGAGGAUUCCCUUAUAGGAACACCAGGCCAGACACUUAUUAGAGAGCUGUACCAUGGCACUAUUGUCAAUCAAAUUAAAUGUUUAAAGUGCGGAAAUAUCAGUGAGAGAGAGGAGAAUUUCCUAGACUUGACAGUCACCAUCGCUGAGAGAUCAGGACUGGAACAUGCUUUAAAAAAUUGCUAUUGUGAUGAAGAAAAAAUGGAAGGCUGCAAUCAGUAUAGUUGUGAAAAUUGCAGACAGCUUGUUGAUGCCAUUAAGGCUGCAAAACUUAGAAGUCUCCCACCAAUUUUGACUGUUUCCUUAUUGAGAUUCAGCUUUGACUUUGUCAAAAUGACUAGAUACAAGGAGACCGGGAAAUUUACAUUUCCUCUGUGCCUAGAUAUGUCGCCAUAUAUAGAGAAGAAGUCAACGGAUAAAGCAGAGAGUCAGUAUGAAUUGUUCUCAGUAGUAAUUCACCGUGGCAGUGCCUAUGGUGGUCAUUACCAUGCCUACAUUCGAGAUGUUGACUGUCUGGGCUUUUGGAGCAACCCUGAAAAGAUUGGAGUGCAGGUGCCUAUAGAUCCUGCCUCCGGCAAGUCUGACUUCAUAAACUGCGAGUCACCUGUUGACCUUGUACAAGUUAUCCUCUCCAAAGUUCCCAACAGAAGCAUGUCUGUUGACAAGCUCUGUGCCGAAAUGUACAAACAGACUGGUGUGUCUUGGAAUAAACGUUAUAAAAAGGCCUAUGGUGGAAUAAAUAAAUUUUUAAGCAAGCAUGGCGACAAGUUCCUUUACAAUCCUGAUGUCAACUGGGUAAGCCUGCAGGAUCAAAAUAUUUGCCAGACCUUUACUGACAAAAUGGAAGAUCCUGAGGAUAAAAAUAAUCCUACUCAUGUUCCUCCCACGUGUGAAAAGCAGGGUCAUUGUGGUGAUGCCAACGAUAAUCAUUGUCAAGAUGCUGUACAAGUGGAAGAGAACAUCAACAGCUCAGUUGGUCAAGAGGCAAAACAAUGCAGGUGUAAGUGUGGUAUACCAAAAGCAGGACAGAGGUGGUACAACUUUGACGAUGCACGUGUUUCCCCAAUAAACAGCAAAGACAUUGAGCUGCAGUUUAGUGGCAAAGAGAGUGCCUAUAUGCUUUUUUAUCGCAGGGCUUCUUUGUCCCGCCCCCAAGCAGCAAUAGGAAAUCCAGCAUAUGCGAUUCCUGACAGCAUGAUGAUGAGUAUAAUGCAGGAAAAUGCCCUUCUUGAACAGGAAAGAGAAAAAUAUGAAGAAGAAGUGAACGAAGUCCGAGUUCAGCUACAUUUCCACUGGAACUUUCACUACAUAGAUGGUGCUCUGUCCUCUUUGCUGGGCCAUUUACAACCUGUAGAGUUAUCCAUUGACAGGCGGAAAACUCUCAAUGAUCUUUAUAUAGCCAUUGAUGAACUGGGUGGAGAGAUCACAGGUCAGGAGUUUGUUUUGCAUAGGAUGCGGGAGUUGCCAGCUGGAUUUCAUCUCUAUGAUGAAUUAACAGACCGUGACCAGCUUCUGCAGGAUCUAUUAGUGGAAAACGGCACAAUGCUUUUUGUGUGGAAUGGGCAUACAGUCCAAGGAACUAGUGUCUCAACUGGUCUUGAAAGUGAACCAGUAUUUUUGAAUGUCACAUAUGGCAAUCCUUCCCACUUUAGUCGUGGCUUCCCAAAAAACAUGUCACUGGAGGAGUUCAGAGCUUUAGUAAGCAGCUUCACUGGAAUAACACCAGAAAGUCUUAUCCUGCAAUGCAUUGUUGAGCAAGAUGCCAGCAGCAAAGUGGUGUCACUAGGCAGACCAAAAGAGAAGGAAGAUGAUGUACAAGAUAGUGAGAUAACUGUUUCAACUUUAGAAGGACUAAAUCUGAAAGAUGGAGACCAAAUCAUUGCAACGAGCUCUUCAUUUAUACGUGAUUCUUCAGAGAAUAAACCAGCCAUGGACAGUGUAAAGUUCUUUGUCAAGGUGGAAAACAGAUGCCUUACGUCAGGUGUUUGUGACCUUCUGCUAGAAGUUGACAAAAAUAUGAUUUUAUCUCAAGUCAAGCUCGAGGCCUUGUCAAAAUUUGGUUUGAAGGAUGUCCACGAAGGAGGGCGACUAAGAGAAUCUCAUUGCAGUCUGGGUCUUAGACCUCCAUAUCAAGAGGAGUUAUCUAUUGGAGAUGCUGGCAUCAUUAAAGACACAUUGCUUGUCUUAGAACCUGGAAGGCCACCCAGAUCUAAUGAGAUGACCUUGAGCUUCACCACUGGAAAUCCCAAGGGAGAUAAUCCAGAACAUGAGAUUAUAGUAGGCCGGCUAGAAUCUGUGAACACCUGCAUACGACACAUGGUUAAAAAAGCUGGUCUUUCAGGUAUGGACUGGCAUCUGCGCCGUACCAACUGGUUUAAUGAACCAGCAGAUGUUCUUGAAGAUGGAGAAGCUACGUUGGAAAGUUGUCUGAUCAAUGAAGGAGAUCACUUGUUGUUAGAACAGGGCUGUCUUCCCCCUAAGGGAUUUUUGCGAUUGACUGUGUGGCUGUACCCUACAACCCAAGAUUUACCUGAGGUUAGAGAAACAGAGAGCACCUUGGCAUGGAUUACCAACAAGCUUGCAGCCAUAUUUACUGGAAAUUCUACGUCAUCUUUGAUGGGCACUUCCUCUCAACUUUUACUGGGUGACAUUGACAUUAGUAAGGAUGCAACACUAGAAGACUUGCGACUGCAGAUUCUUACUUUGCCUGGAUCAGCAGACCUCCCUGUACUCAUGCCAGAUUUCCUGCGGGUGAGAGUGCUUGAAGGAGGUCAGCUAAAGACUGUGUUGCGUGGCAGCCAAAAUACGCUCAGGUUUUUAAAAGUACCAUCUCACAGUAAUCUCGCAGUGCAGAUUCUGCCUUAUGAAGACAAAGUCAGUGCCAAUCAAGUCCUUUUGAACGUCCGGAAGCGUGACUGCAGAAGCCGCAUUUAUGGGCCAGUUCAGGAGAUUGUGUGGGACACAUCAUCUGGAACCAGUGCAGCCAGCCUAAGGCAGGCAGUUGCUGAUUGUCUUGCUCUGUCUACUGAGGUGAUUUGCAUAGCAAAGCAUUUCCCAGAACGUUGUGAAUGGCUGAAACUGGAGGAUGCUCCUCAGAAACCUGCACAUGGUUAUAAGAAAGGAAAGAGGAAAGGGAAGUCUGCAAAAUGCAACAUGCGACAGUCUCCAUUCUACAUCCAAGAUGGGGAUGUUAUUGGUGUGAAGAUUAUUGCCGAUGAUCCCUCAGAUGCAGAUGACUUUACAACCAUUGAAGAUGACCUGGGAAAAGAAAAACAAAGACAAGAAGCAGAGGAGAAGAAAAAAAUGAGAGAAGAACGAAGGAAAUAUGGCAAGGACUCAACAUUCCCUAAAGUUCAACGCCAGGAAGUUGCCCUGCAAAUCAGGGUUGACAACUUCACCUAGCACAGGACAAUAGAAGAAUGCUCUUUAUGGAUUCUCUAUUAUUCUUGUAAAUGUUUUCAUUGAAAAUGAAGUACUAUGGUUGUUUUCACAUAAACAGUGGGUUUGGCUGUUUUAUGUCAGAUCAUUUUAUGUGGCCAGUGUUUUUACUUCGGAGCUCCAGCAGUAAACUCAUUCAGCUUGAGUGUUUGGGUGUGUUUGUCUGGACUCUUUAUGUAUGCCUUGUAAUUCUCAGAAGUAGAAUAUCAGUAUUAUUUAGGUACUGGUUGACAAAGCUCAUCAUAGUUGUUUUGGAUUCCAUUUUCAGUAAAAGAAUGGAAUCCAUGUAUCUUCUCUGAAUUGCCUCACUCUUAAGUAACUGUUGACACGGUGUCUAAGAGUUUAUAUGAGAAGAAAUAUAUCUUUUUCUCCCAACUGCCAUAAUUCAUAGUUACCUAUUGUUGGAGACGAUCUGGAGACACUAGGAGCUAUCUUUGCUGUGUUCAAAAGUGCUGGCAGCACACAGCAUGGAAAAAAGUAUGAAGUCUUUGAAUGUGAUGGUUGUGCUUGUUAAAGAGCUGUGGUAGUAUUUUAAAAUGACAAGCAAGGAUCUGGGUCUUUUAAAUAUGUUUUGCAGUGUUUGAAUUGAGCACUUUGGAAGAAAGUUUGGAAUAAAGUUGUUGCCUUUUUUUGAGGGGGUUGUUUAGUACAUGUACAGAAUGUGUGUUCAUAGUACGUACUAAGACUGAUGCAUGGUGUAUGUCAUCAAAUGUUAAAAAUUAAUUGUUAGUAUUCUUGGCAUCAUCGGAAAGUGUAUGUCUGAUUGCUGACCUUGUAAAUGUAAAGAUUAUUAAUCUGUGAUACACGGUGCCUUUAAAAAAUGUAUGACACAAUUUUUUUUUUACUUAAAUUGGGAUGAGACUGAUACAGAGAGUGUUCUGAUAUACAUUUGUUACAGAAAAAUGCAAGCUGUUAAUUUGCUACAAGAGAUGAAAAUUCUUUUAUAUAAUUUGCUUUGGGAGAUUUUGUUUUUGUUGUGUUUUAUUUUUGCUGUUGUUUUCUUAGUUAUUUAGUGUGCGGUGGUCAGGCAAAAUAAAUGAGGGUGUUUUUUUUUUUUACAUGACCAUUUAGUUUUUCAUGUGCUUGAAAUAUUGAAGGAACGACAAUAAAAGAAUAAACAAUU